AUGGCCGGCGCGGGGGGACGAGCCCCGCUGGGUCUGCGGCGGUGGCUGUCCUCACCUGCCCCGGCGCCUCGGGUCUGCGUGGUGGGCAGCGGCCCCGCCGGCUUCUACACGGCUCAGCACAUCCUCAAGCACCAUGGUGGGGCCCUGGUGGACAUCUACGAGAAGUUGCCCGUUCCCUUCGGGCUUGUCCGUUUUGGAGUGGCCCCAGACCACCCUGAGGUGAAGAACGUGAUCAACACCUUCACACAGACAGCACGCUCGGAGCGCUGCGCCUACUACGGGAAUGUCACCGUCGGAAGGGAUGUGACAGUGCCAGAGCUGCAGCAGGCGUACCACGCCGUGGUGCUGAGUUACGGUGCUGAAGACAACCGGGUCCUGGGGAUCCCGGGGGAGAACCUCCCUGGUGUUUACUCAGCCCGAGCCUUCGUGGGCUGGUACAACGGGCUGCCCGAGAGCCGGGAUCUAAAGCCUGACCUGAGCUGUGAGACAGCACUGAUUCUGGGUCAUGGCAACGUGGCUCUGGACAUUGCCCGGAUCCUGCUGUCCCCACUGCAGCUCCUCAGGAAGACAGACAUCACUGACAGCUCCCUGGCAGCUCUUGCUUGCAGCAAGGUGAGGCGUGUCUGGCUGGUUGGGAGGAGGGGACCUCUCCAAGUCGCUUUCACCAUCAAGGAGCUGCGGGAGAUGAUAAACCUGCCGGGUACCAGAGCUGUCCUGGACCCUGCUGACUUCACAGGCCUCGAAAGUGCUGUCAAAGAUGUUCCCAGGCCCAGGAAGCGACUGACUGAGCUGAUGAUGAAAACAGCCCUGGAGAAGCCAGGGGAGAUGCAGGCAGCAGCAGCAGGGGCAGCAGCUCCCCGGGAGUGGGGGCUGAAGUUCCAGUGCAGCCCCCAGGAAGUGCUGCCCAGUGCUGAUGGGAGGAGGGCGAGGGGCGUCCGCAUGGCCCUGACCCGCCUGGAGGGCUCGGGUGACUCUGCCAAAGCCGUUCCCACUGGAGAUGUGGAGGAGCUGGAGUGUGGGCUGGUGCUCAGCAGCAUUGGCUACCGGAGCCUGCCACUGGACCCAGCUGUGCCCUUCGACAGCCAACGUGGGGUCAUCCCCAACAGCUCGGGCAGAGUGGAGGGUGUCCCAGGUCUGUACUGCAGCGGGUGGGUGAAGAGAGGACCCACAGGUGUGAUCAUCACCACCAUGAACGACAGCUUUGACACUGCCCAGUCUGUGCUGGAGGAUCUCCAGGGGGGUGUGCUGGAUAUAUCCCCCUUCAGAGAAGGCUUUGGGCUCGUGGAGAGCAUCCUGCGCAGCCGAGGGGUGCGUCCUGUUUCCUUCUCGGACUGGCAGAAGAUUGAUGCUGCUGAAGUGGCAAGAGGCAAAGCUGCUGGCAAACCCCGGGAGAAGAUCGUGGAUCCUGCAGAGAUGCUGCAGAUCAUAGGUCACUAA